AUGAGAGCCGAUUCUCGGAACGUUGGCCUCGCGUCAACUGUGUUGCUCCUGACAUUGCUACCUGUCAUCCACGGUCUGCCAGGCGUGCUCAACCCACAGCAACGAGAUGUUUCUGGAGAUUUCGCUCCUCCUGAAUACAACGUUUAUGAGCUUGGAAAGAGAGCUUACAAAGCCUAUGGCCAUUAUUCCUAUGGUGGUACUGGACCUCAGCCAAACAUCCCGCAAACGACCUCGAAGGCUUCCACUACCGCCUCGAGCAGUCUGAGCGAAGCCACAUCCUCAUUGGACCCUCAAACUUCCAGUAAGCGAGAGCAUGAAUCCCAUGCCUUUGUCGGCACAACUGACAUUUCUUCUUUUAGAGCCUGCCACCACCUGUUCAAAAUCGUCUCUUCGAGCAUCGUCUUCUGCCACCUCAAAAUCCUCGGUCAAAUCAUCUAGCAGCUCAAAGGUCAUUGCCUCGACUGGUUUCUCCAAUAGUCUACCCCUCCCUUUGAGCACUGGUAGUGGAAGUGUUGUCUCCAGCCCCGGAUCCUCUCAAACUUCGGUUGAUCCCGCAACGACAAUCAGUACUGGCAGCAAUAGCGGGGUUACAGCUAUAUCACCUUCCGAAUCUUUACCAUCGUUGACACCUUAUGAUCCCGGGUUUUCCAUUCCAGCAUUGUCUUCCGAGAUUUCGGCUGAUUCCACCUCCAAGAUUAUCACUGGUGGUAACAGCGGCGCCACGACCCCACCAUUUCCUCAAUCUUCGGCAACAUCAACAUCUUUGGAUCCCUAUGACAGCUUUCCCACAACAUCCUCUGAUGGGACUUCCACAAUAGCCUCUUCGAGUUCCGCGUCCUCGUCUUCUGCUGUUUCUGACCCGUCUUUGUCGACUAGCGGCUUGGAUGGUGCUUCCACAACCAUCUCCUCUGAAUUUGUCACAUCGUCUUCAGCAUCUUCUGUUUCUUCAGUUCCAGUAGCUGUACCAUCUGGUUGUCAUCGUAAUAAUUGCUUCCGACAGUUAUUGAAAGCUUCUUUGAAGGGCAGCGAGUUCUGUGCAAGCUACACUGCCUCUCUCAACACUGCUACGAUUGGUCUUCCAACUUUCGUAUCUAAAUGUGACAACACCCCGUCAAAAGUAUCAUCCGCAUGCUCAUGUGUUGUGACUGGAUCUUCGGGUCCGUUGACAUCAAGCAACAGCGGUACCCUCACGGACCCGUCCAUUACAAAAUCUAGCAGUAGCGGAAAGAUCACUUCCACCAGCAACCUCGAGACAUUUCCAACAAUUGUCGAUACAAGCUCGGCCUCCUCUGGAACAUUACCACCAAUCUUCCAGACACCAUCUCCAAGUAGCACGAAAUCUUCGUCGUCCGCUACCAAGACGUCGGCAAGUUCUUCAUCUAGCCUCUCUGAAUCUGGUUAUGACGGAACCACUGUAAUUACGUCUUCUAUCUAUUCCACAGUGACGAUACCAGUAACAACAGUUCCAUUCCCGUCAACCACGCCGAAGUACCCAAGCAGUAAUUCGUCUUCAAAUACUGGAAUUGGAACAGGAACAGGUUCAUUGCCUGCGUAUAGUGAAUCGUCGUUUGAUCCAACUAUAACACGAACUGUUCUAUUGUCAACUGGCGUCUCUCAAUCCAGCGUCUCGGGGGUCAUUUCCUCUUCAAGUGAUUCUGUCUCAGCGCCAUACCCAACAAGCAAUGCCACAUCUAUUGGUGUCGCCUCAUCAACGGGUUUGCUCUCAUCUCAAACUGGUGGUAGUGAUCCAACUUUGACAGCCCCAUAUCCCGUUUCCAACUCGACUAGCAUCAUCUUGCCUACAAGAACCGGUGGUAUCGAAUCCAGCUCUGGACUGAGUUCGACUCGAGCUCCAUACACUUCGUGCAAUGGAAGUACAACUUUGUCAUCGUCUGAUCCAAGCUCAAGUGUAUCUCGUGGAAUUUCGUCAAAGAGUCGAACUGGUACGCGCCGCCCUACUGCAGGUGGUGGUAGUACUUCAGGAAAUAGCGCGGGAACGACCUCAGUCCCCUAUCCUACUGGUAACAACACAGAGACUUCGUUGCCUACUGGCACAGGCUUCUCGAGCCCAACUAUUGGUCCUUUGACGACUGCCUCCGCUUCUGCCUCCAGUGUGUCGGGAGUGAUUCCAUCAUCGACAGCAUUUGAAAGCGUACCAUAUCCAUUUGCAUCCAACUCAACCUCACUGAUUGGCCCCACGGGCACUGGAGGUCUGAGUACUUCGGUUGACAACAACAGUGGCGCGACCACCUCCUCGUCAAUUGCUACGGGUAUUCCUUUCCCUGUCACAGCCAAUUCAACGAUCAUUCUCGGUCCUACUGGAACUGGCUCUCUCUCAACAAGUGCUAAGAGCAGCUCUACCUCUAAAGGUUUGGAUCCAUACGAUCCCUCUCCCGCGCCUUCUUCUAGCUCUUCUGCAGGUGACCCAACAGUAACAAGCAGUUCGGCUCUUACUUCCUCAACGUCUGGUGGUGGAGGAGAUCCAACAACUUCUGUGACGCACACCUUGGUUCCAUAUCAAAGUGACCCGGUUGACCCAGGCAGUUCCAUACAGUCAAGCACGGUAUCCGGCAAUAGCGGUACCGGUUCUUCUGUCCACUCUUUGACUCCGUACCAAACAGCUCCCCCAUCGCCAAUCGCAACUGAUCCUAAAAGCAUCAGUUCCACUGCGUCAGGUUCUAGCGGCGAGACUGCAAGCGUGCCGGGAAAAUCUGCUGCAACUACAACAACUUGCACACCCAAGCAUGGUGCAUCAUACACGUCCAAGCCGGCAUCAACUCCAUCUACACUGCGUACUGUAACUAGCUCUCCUGGAAUUGAUGACCCGAGUGUAAGCACAGUUGCUAGCAAUUCUGGCGCCCAAACUUCCAGUAAGACUUCGCUCCGUGCGUACAUUAGCGACACCCCACCAGCCUCCACGCUCCCUCCUCCACGGGCUUAUGGGGACCCAAUACCAGACCAAGCCCACCAUUAUCCGCAGGCUGAUCCCACCAAGGCAAUUAAGGACACCAAACAUCAUCGCAAAGGUCACAAUGCGGAAGCUGAUGCCGAGCUUGAAGAAAUGAUUGAAAAAUUUCUCAAGGAGUUUGAGAAGAUCGAGAAAGGAAUUAAGGAGGACGAGAAUUGA